GUGACUGAGCCAGAAAUGGAGCAGGAGUUGAACGACCUGGCACGUGAUCCUCCAGCACAGUGUUCAGCAGGGCCUGUCGGGGAUGACAUGUUCCAUUGGCAAGCUACAAUAAUGGGACCAAACGACAGUCCCUAUCAAGGUGGAGUAUUUUUCUUGACAAUUCACUUCCCAACAGAUUAUCCCUUCAAACCACCUAAGGUUGCAUUUACAACAAGAAUCUAUCAUCCAAAUAUUAACAGUAAUGGCAGCAUUUGUCUUGAUAUUCUACGAUCACAGUGGUCCCCAGCACUAACUAUUUCAAAAGUACUUUUGUCCAUCUGUUCUCUGUUGUGUGAUCCCAAUCCAGAUGAUCCUUUAGUGCCUGAGAUUGCACGGAUCUACAAAACAGAUAGAGAAAAGUACAACAGAAUAGCUCGGGAAUGGACUCAGAAGUAUGCGAUGUAAUUAAAGAAAUUAUUGGAUAACCUCUACAAAUAAAGAUAGGGGAACUCUGAAAGAGAAAGUCCUUUUGAUUUCCAUUUGACUGCUUUCUAUGAGCCCACGCCUCAUCUUCCCCUGUGCACAUGUUUACCUGAUACAGCAGUGCUGCGUGUUGUACAUACUUGGAACAACAAACUAGAAAUACUGUAUUUCCCCGUACCAACAUUGACUCCUAGCAGAGAAGUGUGUGUGUGAAAAGCUGGUUCUUCAGUCAUAACUUUGUGAGCCUAAAAGCAUUCCUUGCUGAGUUAAAUUAGGAAAUCAAAUGGGAAUGGGGAGAGUUCUGGUGGGUUUCAGAUUUUCUAGGGACAGUGUUGCCGAUCCAUGAAGGAUUUUAAGUGGAAUCCUUUUAAACUCAUAACAGUUAUGAAAAGCAAGGUGAAGAACUUGAAGCUGUUUCUGUAUUCAUUUUAUUCUGAAGGACCUACACCUUAGGUAAAUGUUAUGACCAAUGAGAAACUGUACCCACAUCCUGUGUUUAAGGUCUAAGUUUAACCGGUCACCAUUUAAAUGGAUUGGAGCUAUUAGUGCAUCAAGUGAUGUUGAUUUGUUUCAACUCUCUCCCUCCCUUCAUACUUUUUUUGGUUUGUAUGUGGUUUCUCAGUUAAUACCUAGCUAAUAGCUCUUAUUUUUUCUUAAGUUUUUUAACUGCUUAGGUCUUUCUGGAUGUAAGGGUAAAAAAAAAAAUCCAUAUGACAGAAAACUUGUGUGUAUUUAAAGACCCAACUGCUCCCCUGGAGCUUGUACGUUCAAGAAUGAAUUAAUCUGUGUAAUAAACUGAUUACUACAGUCAUUACAUAUAACUUUGUGUGAAUAGGCUUUUAAUUUUCAGAGCAGUUUGUUACAGGCUUAAACUAACGGUGGAUUUCUCUAAAAAAACUUUUUGGGCUGAAGUCGUGAAGCAGCUUGGUUUGCAUCACACAAGGCACCUGAAGAGGCAAACAGGAGCUUGAGCACUUAGAUGAAAUCAGGAUGUGUAGUGUGCCAGGAACUUGACUGUUAAACCAAAUAAGCAGUUUACUAAAUGCGAAUCAGAGUGACAUUUUACAAAGCCUGAUGGUAUUACUCCCACUUGCAUGGGACCUAACACAAUGCAUAUGUACUGUAGGUAAGUGAAACCUUAUGUAACUAAAAAAAAAUGGAUGUAAAAGGGUAAAAAAAAGAAAAAAACCUACCAAACACAUCAGCACAAACUUUCAUAAAAUGUAGCUUUUACAUAAUUACUUUGCACUAAACAUUUGCAAAUGUUCAUACAGUUUUAAAUUGUACUUGUAUGUGUCUUUUUUUUCUUUUUUUUUUUUUUUUUUUUUCUUUUUUUUUUUUUUUUUUUUUUUGGAACAAAGUCUUCACUUGAAUCUAGUGAAAAAAAAAUGUAGUUUGAAACUUUUCUUUGUAUACAAGUGUAUUUGCCAGCAUCGUUGGUGUGACAGUAGGUGAGUCUGCAAGUUUAUCUCCUCUUAGUAGAAUUGUAACCCAAGCCAUCGGGCAGGAGAGGCUGGAGCCGCUGGCUCUCCGGCCACAGGGUCUGUCCCAGCCAUUCCCAAAUGCAUCUUGACACUCUUGCACAAAUGAGGAAUAAAUGUCCACUGCUUUUGGUCUAAA